AUGUGGUCUCUAUUCCUCAUCAUCGCAACUUUCGUGGUGUGUUUUGCGCCGUCAUUUCAACAGUUCCCCCGGCGCUGCGCCACCCGGGAGGCUCUGCUCUCCAAGGAAUGUUGUCCGUCCUGGGAUGGGGACGGCUCGGCCUGCGGGGCCAGCUCCGGCCGGGGCUUCUGCCAGGACGUCCAGGCACCGACGCAGCCCGACGGGCCACAGUACCCGUUCUCCGGGGUGGACGACCGAGAGAAGUGGCCUCUGGUCUUUUAUAACCGGACGUGUCAGUGUGCCGGUAACUACAUGGGGUCUAAUUGCGGCGACUGCAAAUUUGGGUUUUAUGGAGCCAACUGCAACGAGAGAAGAGAAUCCGUCCGGAGAAACGUCUUUCAUCUCUCACGGGCCGAGAUGAGUCAAUACAUAUCCUACCUGAACCUGGCCAAAAACACGAUGAGCACAGACUAUGUGGUAGUCACGGGGACCUACGAGGAGAUGGAGAACGGGUCCAAUCCCAGGUUUGCCAACGUCUCCGUGUAUGACGUGUAUGUGUGGAUGCACUAUUAUGUGUCCAGGGACGCACUUUUGGGCGGGCCGGGUAACGUUUGGACCGAUGUGGACUUCGCCCACUGGGCCCCCGGGUUCCUCCCGUGGCACCGUCUCUACCUGCUCCACUGGGAGAACGACAUUCGGAAGCUGACCGGGGACAUGAGCUUCGUCAUGCCCUACUGGGACUGGCGGGACGCCGGGGACUGUGACGUCUGCACGGACGAGCUGAUGGGGGCCCGCAGCCCGGGGGACCCCAACCUGCUCAGUCCGGGGUCUGUCUUCUCCUCUUGGAAGGUGAUAUGUUCCCAGCCAGGCGCCUACAACGAGAGGGGCGUGCUGUGCGACGCCAGCCAGGAGGGCCCGCUGCGGAGGAACCCCGGCAACCACAACCGGAACCUGGUGCCGCGGCUACCGAGCUCCGCGGAGGUGGCGUUCACCCUGGGCCUGCGGGACUACGACACGGGACCCAUGGACCGCACGGCCAACAUGAGCUUCAGGAACACAAUGGAGGGUUUCGGAGAUCCGUCAACCGGACGCGGAAGCAGUACUCGUAUGGGCAUGCACGCCGCCAUCCACGUCUUCAUGAACGGGACCAUGUCCUCCGUGCAGGGUUCCGCCAACGACCCCAUCUUCCUUCUGCACCACGCCUACAUCGACAGCCUGUAUGAGCAGUGGCUGCGGGUAAACCAGCCGUCUCCAUCGGAGUACCCGGACUCUGGCGCCCCCAUAGGACACAACGGGGACUACAACAUGGUGCCCUUCCUGCCCCUUUACAAGAACAGAGAAUUCUUCCUCUCCAGCAAGGAGCUGGGAUAUGAAUAUUCAUCCCUGCAGGAUUCCAAUACACUGCUAGUUGAAUCCAUGAAUCCCCACAUGGAGAACCUGCUGCAAGUGUGGCCCUGGCUGCUGUUUGUGGGGCUCCUAGGGGCCGCCGUGGCCGUCCUGAUGACCGUGGGCGUCAAUGCAAUGAGGCGCUACUACCAGGCCCCGGGGAAAGGGAGGAGCCCCUUCCCAGAGAGAGAGCCUCUGAUCCCAGCCUACAGCAUGGAGGAAGAGGCGGCCGUCCAUAAGAGCUACCAGACCGCUAUGUGAAGGUCUACGGUAUCUUCAAGACCGAUCUA